AUGGUCUCCAUGUGCUGGCAGACCGUCUACAUGUCCUCAGUCUACAUCACCCAGGAGGUCAACCACGGCCAGGAGCUCUCGUACUCGUACAAAAUCCUCACCGCCCUGUCUAACCAGCUGAUCGGCAUGGUAAUCUGUGGCAUGUUCUGCUCAUUCCUUGUCUGGCCCUUGAGCAUGAUCUACCCCGGCACGCUGGUCAGCUGCAGCCUGAUGAACACGCUGCAUCGCACCUGGGGCAAGCACGAGCGGGAGCACAUCUCCCGACACAAGCUGUUCGCCAUCGUCUGCGUCGCCUCGGCGCUGUGGUACCUCAUCGGCCUCAUCCCCGGCUUCGUCUUCACCGGCCACAUGCCCAUCUCCAUCGUCACGUCGUUCGACAACACCGGCAUGCCGUAUGACGUCACACAAGUCAUGAACAACGGCACCUUUGACGCAGACCUGUACUAUGCGUACUCCCCGCUGUUCUUGAGCUGGACCAACACCAUGUGCUUCGCCAUCUUCCCUGCGAUCAUCGUCCACACCAUCCUCUGGUACAGCCGCGACAUUCGGCGCCAGUUCAGCAGCUCGCUGUCCGACAACCGCGACGUCGACCCCCGGCUGAUGCUGGGGUACCCAGAGGUGCCAAUGUGA